GCUUACUCACAGAGAUGCGGCGCCUUUAAGCGGUGUGGGUGGAGCUGAAUAGGAAGCGAAGCGUCUGGUGGAGACUCGCCAGAAACAGAUAGAACCGGGGAAUACGGCAGGUCUGAAUUAAAACGAAUACACACAGGAUUCUGACCCCUGCUGGAGAGCUGAAGCAUUGGCGUCAUGGUGAAGAAUGUUUCGGAAAGGCAAAAAGCGACACAGCAGCAGCAGCUCCCAAAGCAGUGAAGUCAGUACGAAGAGCAAGUCUGUAGAUUCCAGCCUGGGCGGUCUCUCCAGAUCCAGCACAGUAGCCAGCCUUGACACCGACUCCACCAAGAGCUCAGGCAACAGCGCUUCAGAUGCCUGUGUUGAGUUCCGUGUGAAGUAUGUUGGGGCGAUAGAAAAACUGCACUUUGAAAUGUGCAGGACUCUACAGGAGCCUCUGGACUUGGUGAACUAUAUUGAUGUGGCCCAGCAAGAUGGAAAGCUGCCCUUUGUGCCAAUGGAGGAGGAGAUGAUCCUGGGAGUUUCAAAAUACGGGGUAAAAGUCGCCACAGCGGAUCAGUGUGGUGCGCUGCACCGGCACCCGUUGUAUCUGAUAGUCCACAUGCUGUGUUAUGAUGAUGGCUUGGGAGCUGGCAAGAACAUCCUGGCUCUGAAAACAACAGAUUCCAACCAGGAAGAAUGCAACAUCUGGGUGUACCAGUGUAACGGCUCUGAACAAGCACAGGCCAUUUGCAAGGUGCUGUCAACAGCCUUCGACUCCGUUUUGACAUCUGAGAAAUCUUGACCCCUCUUGUGAGCGAUACCGUGUGAAUUAAUAAGCAUCAUUGGUAACAGUGGAAUAACAAGGGAGAUGCUGCCAACAGCUGUGAGCUGGAAAUUUCCAACAAUGCCUCUGUGGCACGGUGACUGUGAAACUGCAGAUAGAUACCGUCGUUAAUCAGAAUUGUGUAACUAAUCUUAAUGUGAAAUCUAGAACCUCAAGCCAUGUUUGCCAUCAAGAAACGUAGUCUUGAGUUUCGUUUCAUGAAGAUAUGACUCUAUGUUCAAUAGUAGUAACUGUAGCCUUACAGGUGGCUUCUGUCAUUCUUAAUGAGAAGUGGCAACGCUUGGUUAGUCAGUACUAUGAUCAGCCAAGUGGUUAUUAUGCACAGACCAAGUGUGAUUUCAUUUUAAAGAGCUGGUGAAACAAGCCUGUAUGUUAUUUAUACUAAUGCAUUCAUUUUUAUACCCCUUAUACGUUUUUAAAUGUUGUAUUUAGAAUGUGUGUUGUCCAUGUGGUGUCAGAUCCAAGGUACAAUAAAGUGUAUUAAGCUGCA